AUGGAACCAAUCUUUAAAUCAGAAGAUAGAAUUUGGUAUGUGACUGGUACUAGCUCAGGUUUAGGUUUAAAUUUAGUUACACAAUUAGCAAAGAAACCAAAUACUAAAGUUGUUGCAAUUACUCGUAAUCCAGCAGAAACAAAAAGUAGAAUUGAUCCAGAAUUAUUAGAAAAUGUUUUUAUAAUUAAAGCUGACGUUACAAAUGAAGAAAGUGUAAAAGAAAGUAUUAAACAGACAAUGGAAAAAUUCGGAAGAAUUGAUUGUGUUGUUAAUAAUGCCGGUUUUGGUAUUGCUGGUGCUGUUGAAGAAAUUUCAAAUGAAGAAAUGAGAAAAAUCUUUGAUGUCAACUUUUUUGGUCUUUUAAAUGUAAUUCGUAAUGUUAAUCCAAUCUUGAGAGAACAAAGAUCAGGUUUUAUCUUCAAUAUUUCAUCAGUUGCUGGUUGGUUAGGACUUGGUGAAUUAAGUGCUUAUUGUUCUUCAAAAUUUGCUGUCACUGGUUUAACAAUUUCUUUAGAACAAGAAAUGGCUCAAUUCGGUGUAAAAGUUGUAUUAGUAUCACCAAGCGGUUUCAAAUCAAGUUUUGUUGAUACUGGUAUGAGUCUUCCAAAGAAUAGAAUCGAUGUAUAUAAAACUGAUGAUCGUUGUGUAUGGUUAGAUGAUAUUGUGAAUAAUGCACGUGGUAAUCCAGAUAAAUUCUCUGAAGUCGUAAUUAACAUUUCUGAAUCUGAAAACCCACCUAAAAACAUAUUUUUAGGAACUCAUGCAAUGCAAUUCAUGAGAGGUUGGUUCGCAGCUCAAACUGCUGAAUUGGAAAAGAAUCUUCCAAUUACAAUUGGAACCGAUUAUGAAAAUGCUCCAAAAAUUGAAUAUUAA